CUCAUGAUACAGGCAACGAGAACAAGACAAAAUAUCGUACCUAGGGUCCGCGUCACGAAACAACUCGAUCAUUUGCCAAACCGUGGACACUUCAGAUACGAAACCUUGUGCUCUUACUCUCAGCGACGCUCUGCGAAGCCUCUUUGUCUAACCAGACUGCCCCACUACCUCCAACCUUCCGAUAGCGAAUUUGGAUCAGAGAGGGCUGUCCUAGCCCCUGCCCGCAUUCGAGUAUCAGCAGAAGAAGUCAAAAGCGUAUCUUGGGACUGGGCGGUCCGUUGAUACCGAUUUUAAGGGCAGCAAAACUACCUAAUACAAGAUGUCUGGAGUGUGGGGUUGGUUUGGCGGGCAGAGUGCCCAGAAGAGAAAGGAUACGCCAAAGAAUGCCAUCCUCGGUUUAAGAUCACAGCUGGAGAUGCUACAGAAGCGGGAGAGGCAUCUGCAGAAUCAAAUGGAUGAACAGGAUGCUAUUGCCCGGAAGAACGUGAGCACGAACAAGAACGCUGCAAAGGCUGCGCUUCGACGAAAGAAGCAACAUGAGCAUACUCUCGAACAAACGACUGCCCAGGUAGCGACACUGGAGCAGCAAAUAUACUCGAUCGAGGCGGCGAAUAUUAAUAGGGAGACUCUUGCUGCUAUGGAACGUGCAGGAGAGGCUAUGCAACAAAUUCAUGGCAAGCUUAACAUCGAUAAGGUUGACGAGACAAUGGAGAAAUUGAGAGAGCAGCAUGCCUUGGGCGAGGAGAUCGCUCAAGCUAUCACCAGCGCUCCCAUAGGCGAACCGAUCGACGAGGCGGAGUUGGACGACGAGCUUGCUGAGCUGGAGCAAGAGCAACUUGAUAAUAAGAUGCUGAAGACUGGAACUGUGCCUGUGUCGGAUGAGGUCCAUAGAUUACCAGCAGCCGCGAAUGGAGAACGUAAGCUACCCUAUCCUAUACUUUGGAUCGCUCGCUCACAUCACUUUUAGUCAAAGGUAAAGCACACGCAGAGG